CCGGCGCUGGAGCGAGCCGGGGUGCCGGGCGGCAGGAGUAUUGAGCUCCCAACCCUGCCCAUACUGCCGGUCUGUGCUCAGGCAUGUCUCCUCCAGGCGCUGCACUUUCCCGCCUGUCAGCAUAACCUGGGCCUUUCUCGGGGGGCAGAAAGAGCGGCUUGCGGGAUAAGAGUGGCGCGCUGCCGAGCAGCCCCUCCCGGCACAGGACAUGACUCAGGGCCAUGUGGGCAUCAACGCUGACUAUGGCGACUGGGACUGGAGCACGGAUGCCGGCGAGCGGGCCAGGCUGCUGCAGAGCCCCAACGUGGAGACCGGGCCCAAGAGCGGCGAAGGCCAAGGGCCUGCCGCUACCUCGACGCUGGGAGCUGUCUUCAUUGUCGUGAACGCUGCCCUCGGAGCAGGCCUGCUCAAUUUCCCAGCAGCCUUCAGCACGGCCGGCGGAGUGGCAGCCGGAAUUGCUCUGCAGAUGUGCAUGCUGGUCUUCAUCAUUGGCGGCCUGGUCAUCCUGGCCUACUGUUCCCAGGCCAGCAACGAGCGGACCUACCAGGAGGUGGUUUGGGCCGUGUGCGGCAGGGUCGCCGGAGUGCUGUGCGAGGUGGCCAUCGCGGUCUACACCUUCGGUACCUGCAUCGCCUUCCUCAUCAUCAUUGGGGAUCAGCAGGAAAAGAUCAUUGCAGCGGUGGUGAAGGACUCCACAGGAGCAGAGAGCAGCCACUGGUACACAGAUCGCAAGUUCACCAUCAGCCUCACCGCUGUCCUGCUCAUCCUGCCCCUGUCGAUCCCCAAGGAGAUUGGCUUCCAGAAGUAUGCCAGCUGCUUGAGUGUGGUCGGGACCUGGUACGUCACAGCCAUCAUCAUCAUCAAAUAUAUUUGGCCUGAUAAGGAGAUCAUUCCGGGGGAAAUCCCAACCAGCCCUUCCUCUUGGAUGAGCGUGUUCAAUGCGAUGCCCACCAUUUGCUUUGGCUUCCAGUGCCACGUCAGCAGUGUGCCCGUCUUCAACAGCAUGAAGCGGCCGGAGGUGAAGCCCUGGGGAGCUGUCGUGACCGCAGCCAUGGUCAUUGCGCUCUUCGUCUACACAGGCACAGGGGUCUGUGGCUUCCUGACCUUUGGGUCUAGUGUGGAACAGGAUGUGCUCAUGUCCUACCCCUCCAAUGAUGUCCCAGUUGCCAUCGCCCGGGCUUUCAUCAUUGUCUGCGUCCUGACAUCCUACCCGAUCCUGCACUUCUGUGGCAGGGCUGUCUUGGAGGGUCUCUGGCUGCGUUACAAAGGGGAGGCGGUGGAAGAGGACGUGGUGCGGGAGAGACGCCGCCGCCUCGCCCAGACUGUCAGCUGGUUCCUGCUCACGCUGCUCCUGGCCUUGUUCAUCCCUGAUAUCGGCAAAGUCAUCUCCAUCAUUGGGGGCCUGGCCGCAAGCUUCAUCUUUGUCUUCCCAGGGCUUUGCCUCAUCCACACUAAGCUCUCUGAAACUCAAGAAGCCAGGCCAGCCAGCUGGUGGACCAUGGUUGGCUACGGCGUGUUCAUGGUUGUCCUUGGAGCAUUUAUCUUUGGACAGACGACUGCCAAUGCUAUCGUUAUGGAUCUCAUAAAGUGAGCCCUCCAGCUCUGCCCUCAGGGUAUCUCUUCUCCUCCUCUGUGGAAUUAAAGGGAACCGUUGGCCCAGUCCUUGAGAUGUCAGAAGUUGAACUUUCCUCCACUUCUCCUCGGGUUGUGCUGUGCCUGGAUUCUUUCGUUAGACUCUUACUUCCUGAAGUUCUAGGGACCCAUCCAGCCUGGGCAGGUGCGCUGUGUGUGUGUGUGUGUGUGUGUGUGUGUGUGCAGCUGCAUGCUGUGAACACAAAUUGAAUUCCUGUCCACCUUUGCCAAAGACUCUCUUCUUGGCCUCACCUUGCAAGGAUCCGGGUCAUUCACACCACAACUUCUAGGCCGCAUUUAUUCAGCCAAUGGGCCCAUCUUUUAUAGCCUUAGCAACGAAGUUACUGAGCUCAUGGGCUUUGAUGGCAACGUUAUUGCAGAGAAGACAAAGGACUUCACCGUGCAAAGAGAACUUGAAAGCCAGGCGCUGGAUUGCUCCAAGGAGUUGGUGUUUUAAAUCGAGUUGUGGAAAUUACACUGUUUUCAUUUGGGAAGGGGACCCCCAACCUUUGUGAUACUGAGCUUCCUUUUUGUUUUUGUCUGUGAACUGAAAGUUCAAAUGAAUGUACAGAUACAUUGGAAUGGGAACCUUGGAAUAUAUAUGAGGGUAUUUCUUUGGCAUUCCCACAAUCACUUCUUUCCACAGCCUGAUAUCACCCCCUUUUGACCUUCCACGAGCUCCCAACCCCCCUCAAAAAACCCAAAAACAUUCUGGUGACAUUGACUGAACCCAGGAGCCGUGUGGAGAAUCCUCCUCCUUUGCUAGCCCGCAUCGAGGGCCCAAGUGCGCUAUGUCUUCAUUUGAAGUUGGUGCUACUUCCUGGGCUUGCAGAAGGAUUUGUUUCAAAUCCAUUUGUUAUGACACGCUGUUUUUGUAGCACAGCGUUCCCCAACCUACUGCUCCCAGAUGUCUUGGACUACAACCAGCAUGGGCAUUUUGGCUUGCAGAUGAUGGGAGUUGUAGCCCAACACAACUGGAGCACACCAGAUUGGCGCAAGAUGAUCAGGGGGCUUCUGGCCUUCUAGCUGUCGGGCUGAGGCUCCCAGUUACAUCAACUAUUUAUUAAUUUUAAAGGGUUUCUCCCCCCCCCCAAGAUUUCCAAGCUUUUUUUCUGUUUCAAAAAUUGUUGGCAAUGGGUGGGUGGGAAUGAGGGGAGGUUUGGGUUUUAAAUGCACAAUGUCACAAUGGAAAUAAUUAAAGUGAUAAACCUCUA